CCUUCCUGCCAUUGAACGCCCCGCAGAGAAACUUCCCAUUGAGCGUGUGAGGAAGGCAGAGCCUGCUCCCUUCUGGCGGGCACCCCCACUUCAUGGACCCCGGCAGCUCCUGCUCUCAACACGGGCCUCCAUGAAGGAUCUGGCGUCCCAGCCUGGGUGCGCGAGUGAGUAUGCGGCAUCCUUUCCCACCCGCCUGGACGAGUGAGGCCCUAGCUGGGCCCCACAGGAAACGGGGGCGUGGAGCCAGCAGCCCUGGACCACCCCCGAGCCGCUGCAUAAAGGAGGGGCUGAGCCGAGUCAGGCGCCGCUGGCACCAUGGCGCCCUGGCAGUUCCCGCUGCUGCUGCUGCUCCUGGCCGGGCCGCCCGGGCUCGCCCGGCUCCCCCGACCUGCUACUCCAGGAUGCUGGCCCUGAGCCGGGAAAUCUCCGCGGACUUCCAGAGCCUGCGGGCCAUGGAGCUCUUGGAGCCGUGUGUGAUGUACCUGCCCAGGCUGUACCUGGAUAUACACAAUUACUGUGUGCUGGUCAAGCUGCGGGACUUCGUGUCUUCGCCCCAGUGUUGGAACGUAGCCCAGGUGGACGCCUUGAAGGAGAAGGUGAAGAAGCUGUACUCCAUCAUGAACUCCUUCUGCAGGAGAGAUCUGGUGUUCCUGUCAGAUGACUGCAGUGCUUUGGAAUACCCAGCGGCGACCAUGGUCCUGCCAGAUCGUCAGACGUAAGGCAGCCCAGACCGAAAAAGAAGCCAAGAGGACUGACGUUGUCGGUUGCCUGGAUGGGCGGGCUAAGCCGUGGCCCCUCAGAGACCCUGAAGCCAGCCUGUGUCUCGCCACCUUCUGGAAAGCCAGGCGGGUGUGCCUACCCAGAAGUCUCCUCUGAGAAUAGAAUUAGAAGUCUUGCUUCUGAUCCACUGGGUGACAUCUUGCCAGGAUGAUUAUAUAUAAAAGCAUGUGUAUUUUUGCUACUAAAAAGAAAAAGCUAACCAGCUUCUCUUAUGAACAGCUAGCUUGAGAAUAAGCAAAAUAGCAUGUUAUUAUUGUUUCAUAGAGUAAUGGUACCAUUUUUCUUUCCUGAUAGAAACCGGCUAACACUUAACCAACCUCCUAUUUUAUUAUAGCUUCUCUUACCACAAACUUUCCUUAUUUUAUUUCACUUUGUGAUUUUACUGCUUUUAAGAUGUAUUUGCAAGGUUCUUACAUAGUGCUAAUGGAACCACGCUUUGACUGAAAGGUGAUGAAAUGCAAAUAAACAACAUUU